AUGGAGUUUGUUGGCGGCAUGCACGGCUCGGCAGGCGGGCAAUUCGCCGCCCCAUACGGACAGCCUCACCCUAUCCAACAACAUCACCCUCAGCAGCAGAGGCUUCCCCGUCAAGCACCGGCGGCGAGCAUCGACACGGAACACAACGACAUGAUUUACGAUAUUCAGCUGGACUACUAUGGCAAGCGCUUGGUUACGUGUUCGUCCGACCGGACAUUCCGUGUGUAUGACGUAUCGAGGGCCAUUGUGACAAGUGGAGAUAGUGAAGACCUCUCGGCAGCGAAGGACGGACAGGAACCACAACAGGAGCAGCAGCUUCACGCACUGCAGCACGUGGUGCCUCUGGCCGACGACUCGGCGGCCCCCAUUCACCGCGUGGCCUGGGCGCACCCCAAAUUUGGCGCUGUAUUGGCUCUUGCUGCUCAGGAUGGCAAGGUAUACGUAUACCGAGAGGAAUUGGUCCAGCAGGGUGCUGGGGGAGUAGCCAAUGUAACGGAAUGGCGUCUCAAGCACGUGCACGAAUUUCACUCACUGGCCGUACUGAGUGUGGCCUGGGCGCCAUAUGAGUACGGAUUGUGUCUGGCUAGUGCAUCAGCUGAUGGACAAGUGUCGUUCCUUACUCGUAUGCGUGAAGGAUGGGUGGUGUCGUCGAGCUUCCGCAACUCUGAGGAGGGCAUGGGCUGCACGUCUGUGAGCUGGGCGCCCUACAACUCUUUGGGCUCACAGGGGGCUCAAGGGCCUAUCCAGCGCGUGGUUACUGGAUCGUGUAACCACGCAGUUACUAUCUGGCAGUUUAUUACGACGCCACAAGAAGAUGGCAAUCCUGGCAACAGCUACUGGGAAGUUGUGAAUACCCCGUUGUACGGACACAAUGACUGGGUUCGCGAUGUUGUUUGGGCACCGAAUGAUCGGAUGAUCACACAGUUCGUGUCUGGACUCAAGAUGAAGCUGAUGGCGAAUGGGCGUCCCAUGUUGUGCAUACUUUCCGUGCACCAGUGUACCGGUUAA